AUGAAGGAGUCAAAAUAUGGUGUCGAUGAGAAGGGUUUAUUCGCAGUUGAAAAAAUUUACAAAGGUGAAGAAUUAAUUUACGAAUAUGAUCCUUUGGUCGAGGAAUGGCCAUUUUAUCCUGAUAACGAUAAACGAGGAAAAUAUACCAAAGCAGAAUUAUUCAAGUUGAUUGAAAAUAACCCGAAACUAAGCAAACUUAUCUACUAUCAAGCUUACAAUGUUGACGAUGAUUUAUUCAAUCUUCCAUUUAAAUAUGCAGUCAUGGAUUCUGAUAAUGUUGAUGAUUGUGAAAAGCGUUUUCCUCAUACUUUAUUCAUUAACCAUUCUUGUGACCCAAAUAUUGGCUUUAUUGAAGUCACAAAAUGCUACGCACUACGAGACAUUGAUAUUGGUGAAGAAAUAGCACACAAUUAUGGAUGUCUUCUGACCGAAAAUUCUCUUCAGGUUGGAAUAAAAUGCCAAUGUGGAUCAAAAGAGAAAUGUCAGCAAAUUCUUCGCAUGGAUUUUUAUAAGGACCCAAUAUGGCGACAAGAAAACGAACGGUAUUGCUUCCCUUAUGUUAAAAAGAAGAUCCAAGAAUUACUAUAUAACAACGAAACAAUUGCUAAAACUGCUACAAUUGAGCAGCAAAUGUCAAUGCCCGAUGCUAGUAUGUUUUGGCUUGAUGUCCUCCAUGGUUAUCAGCUUGAUCGAUCUCUACCAUUACCAUUUGAUCGAUAUCGUCUUGUGGAUGAAGAUCGAACGGGUCGUGGUAUAUCUUUUUCCAUCGAUUUCGGUGAAGAUCUCUCACAUUACUUUCUUCAUUAUGCAUCAUCAAUGAAUAUAAAACUUGAACAUCUUGUAUUUGCCAUUUAUUAUGCUUUUAUGUUCAAGUUAACAAAUGGAGAGACGGAUUUAUGUGUUGCAGUUAAU